UUUUGUAUAAACUGUUUACAAGUCAUGCCUCUGCGUGUCCUGUACCUAAGCUGAUAAAGCAUCUAUGCACUUUAAUCUCAAGUCUAUGCCACUCUGCUAGUACAGUGUGAGCUGUGCCUUGAACCUUGGAUAUAAAGACCUGCCAGCCAAAGUCUUGUUCCUGCCUUAGUAAUGUUCCAGAGGUUAAAUAACAUGCUCAUGGGAGAGAUUGAUAGCUUGUCCAGCCAAGAGCCAGAGUUCAGUGAGAAAGAAGACGAUGAGUGGAUUCUGGUUGAUUUUAUAGCAGAUGCUUGCACUACUUGCUCUGUGGAGGAAGCAGACAUUGCUGAAGCACCGGCCGCAGACGGCUCGCCCGUUUUCUCUUGUUUACCGUCUCCCUUGGAACGCUUGCCAGAGGCCAAUGAAUCUUGCUUCAUCCAAUUUGAGUCGUGUCCCAUGGAGGAGAGUUGGUUUAUUACCCCUCCCCCAUGUUUUACUGCAGGUGGAUUAACCACUAUCAAAGUGGAAACUAGUCCAAUGGAGAACCUCCUAAUAGAGCACCCCAGCAUGUCUGUGUAUGCUGUCCAUGAUACCUGUCACAGCCUUAAUGAGACUGGAUGUGGAGAUGAGGAGUUUCACAGCCCAGGUAGCCCCAGACUGGAGGCCCAAAGUGAAACAGGACAGCGUGUUCACUGCUACGUCACAGCUCUUGCUACUCGUUCAACUUUUCUGGAAAAAACCAAGAGCUUUCGUCCUACCCACUGGAUAAAAGAACAUAAUGAAAGACACUAUCUCAACAAAAAUGGUCUCCGUCGCCAAAACCUUACCAGGGAUUGCCACUCUCGGCAUAUCAAGCACAACGGACUGUUUGUUCACCAGCCUUGCCAGCGUCAGUUCAAUUACUGAUGGCUCUUGUGGUUUUAAUCUAAGGUCUAAUUGUUUUUUAGGUUGCUUUUAUUUUCAUACAUAGGUAAGUUUGGUCAAUCUGAAGCUGAUCGUCAAUCCUUCAAACACAAUCAUAACUAGUGUUGCAUUCUUUUGAAAUGACACAUAAAUCUCUGAACAUCUUGCAGCAAGUCCUAAAUGUUGAUGCUAAAUAUCAAUGUCUUGGAAGCCUAUCAGUAUGAUAGUUUGUGUGCUGUUUUAUAAACUAUGAUGUAUAGAUGGAUUCUUAGUUGGUAUUUUAAAAAAACUGAGAUGGAAAUCAGUUACAUUUUGCAUUAAUCAAAGUGGAGUUAGAAAAUUUGAGGUUAGCCAUAUGCUUUAAUGACCAGUACUCGACAGCUUUUGUAUCUGUCUGUAUUCAGCAUAUAUGAUUACUUUCUAACAAGGAGAUACUGUAGCUGCCGGUGGAUAUUACAUAGCUAUGCUGAACUGUUACAAGAAGGACAUCUGAUCUGAACUGCCUAGUACCUAUUUGUGUUAGUGGAAUCUGUGUUGGGUACUUAAUAUGGAUGUCAGAAAAGGGUUAAAUGUCCCCCCAAUAUUGUUGCAGUGUGAUAUGGCACUGGUGUUACAAGUGUAGUACCUCACAGUGGAGUAGAAGGAAAAGUGGACCUAUGGGUUAAGUGCAGACACACAACCCAGAGAGCUGAACUGGGUUUUACUUGGUACAGUUCAAGUUCUUACUCCCUUUCUGGAAUUCUUUCUCUUUCUGUCUUUGAAAGAUCUAUUUCCCCCACCCUAUUUCAUUUAAUUUCUCGUCUAGUUAAAGGAAAAAGACGGUGGAUCAACCAUUCUUUUACUCACAUCAGUAGCUGACUGCUCUUUAAAUAAGUCAGGCUGAUGGAUAGCUAUUUCUGAGCUGCUGAUUGCUAUUCGAUUGUCUUAUAUUUACAGAUUGAGAAUAGCUCAAAAGUAGCUAGAAUGAAGGUUUUAUUAGAAGUUCUCCUAAUUUUCUCUAUGAAAAUGAAGUCCGAGUUAAUUGUGACUGGAAAUGAAGGGCUGUGUGUGGCAGGGAGAAUGGGAUGCUGAAAAACAGUCUUACAGAACUAAACACAGUGAUAACAGGGUGUAUAAAUAUUGAGAUUGUCAAGUGGUUGUUCUCCUAGCCCAUGGUGGGCAGAAGGACUGGAUGGUAGUUCCGUGGGCCAACAGGAAAGAAAAGCCAUUCAAAACCAACAAGGGUUUUCUUAAGAACACUGUGCAACUUGUUUUGGAAGUUGGCAGGCACUUAGAGGAAAAAAAAAAAGUAAAGCUUACCUGUUAACAAAGAGUGUGUAUUACACAGCAACCACAUGGCAUGCCAAACUCUGAUACAUCAAUCUGGGAAGUAGACUAAAUGGCUAUGGAGGUGAGGAAGCAGAAAUCUGCACUGAAAGAAGAGGGGAAGUAAGUUUUGUCCCCCUUUCUGUCAGUGCUGGAUGUGACUUACUGUUUUUCCCUUGUGUUUAGUGCCUAGGGCAUUGAAGUGUUAACAUGAUGUUAAAUUAUGUCUUCCAGUAGUCCUUAUACAGAAGUUAGUGUGAGGACUCUUUCAAAUUAGACAAGAUCAAUAAUGAGAAUUAUUCCCAACCUGUGAAGUAUUUUAAAUUCAGCCAAAUGGCUUCAAUUUCACUGAAGAAAAACCCCAACGAUUUGGAUUGACCCUGAUGUAGUGGUACUGUUGCACAUUCUGCAGCUGGAAUUGUUGUGGAACAUACUUAGUGUACAGGAAACAGCAUUCAUAACCUCUGUUUCGCUGCAGAUGUGCUGCCUCACUGGGAUUAGUUAGGAUUGUUGCAAAGGAAUGUUGACAAAUAGUUAAGUGUGUAAAAGCAAGAGGUGCUUUCCUGAAUAUGCUAGGGGUUUUGCUAAGACACAUUGAAUUCAUGUGGACAGUGAAAGAAAACAAAAUUGGUCACUUCAUGAGUUUCUAAACCAGAUCUUGUUAUUACUCCUUUCAGUAUGUGCCCGUGUCCAUACAACAAUUCUUUUGUGGUCCAAAUACUCUGGUUUAUCUGCAAUAGCUGUAGUUUCACCAGUCCCUCGUCUGUUUACUCUUACUUGUCUCAGAUUAUCUACUUUUAUCACUCCAACUUUUUGUUUGUCUUAAACUUCCUUCUCCUCACUGCCAACUUUCUAGCUCAGGAAAAUUCUUUGCUUUCCUGUAUUUUUCUUUAUAUAAAAGUAACUACUUGUCCUUCAGCUUUAAUUUUCUUAAAGUGAAAUGAAGGAAGAUGGAGCCUCCACCUCCCUGUGUUAGGAGGAGUAAGUAAUCCUCUAACUCUUAACGGGGAGAUGGAGUUGAGAGCAUAAGGCUCCCAGGCAUUACAAUGAGGGCCUUGGUCUGUUCUUCUCAGUAGGCAAGUAAAUGCAACUUUAGACUGCUCCUAGAAUUGGGAGAUACUGAUCUUUUUUAUACUACAUUACUAGAUGACUUUCUGGUGAUGAAAACCUAUAUCUUUCAGGAUAUAAACUAUUUUGUUGCACAAAGCUGUGCUUCUCAAUUUGUAAUAUUGGAAACCAUGUUAUUGUGUGAGAUAGUACUGCAUCAAUGGCUUUUUGUUAAUUUGUUUUAAGUAUUUAUGUUGGUCUAGCCCUGUUUUAUGCCUGGAGCUAUUGGGCAAUUAGAUUUGUUUUGAUUUUCUGUUUUAAUAGCGAGCUGUGUGGCUUUUUAUAUGGCUUUUGAAUUGUAUUAAAGUGUGUUGUUUUUUCUUGUAAAAGUGGAGGCCUUGCACUGUCUCAUACUGAUCGAUAUUCAUGAAUCUUGCUGAAACUGUAUUUUCAUAUGUAUUGGUCAAUAGACAGAUUUGCAUUUUAAACUGUGCCUUCUACACAGCAAACUUGAAGAUUCAAAAGGGACAUUUCAGUUAGGAUUAAUACUGUACAUCAGUCUAUGCACAUAUGGCAGCUUCUCUCCAGAGCCACUUCUCUAUUUGUAGCAGCCCUUUUGAUAUGGAAGAAUGUCUGGCUCUUAUUUUUAAUAGUUCAACACAGGCUGAAAACCGACAAAAUACAGCACUUUGCCAAAAAGUAGCAUUGCUUAACCAGUGUGUAUUUACUAAAGCGAUCUUCUGUAUUUUGUCUUCAUAGCGCGUUCUACGCACCAUGGUCUUAACUCUCAAUAAAAAAAAUGGCUUAUUAAAAA